GUGCGUUUAAGCUGCGUCAGGUUCCUGGAUGUGAGUGGGGCUUUCAGAGUAUGACUGACGCUUAAGAAACAGUCCUGCCUCGGCAGCAAUAUGAGGGUUGGAGCCAUACGUUACUAAACAAAUAAAAAUGGCUGCGCAACAAGUUGGGACAUUCAAAGAGUUCUGUCCAUUGUAUUCCAUUCUGAAUGCUAUUCCUGCAAAGGUGCAGAAAGGAUUCCGCUCUAUCCUGGUCUACCUAACUGCCCUUGAUGCCAACAGUGAUUUCAUUGCAGUGGGCAGCAGCAUUGGAAUGCUCUAUCUGUACUGCCGACACACAAGCCAGAUGAAAAAAUACAGCUUGGAGGGUAAGACGGAAUCUAUCUCUGUGGUGAAGCUCCUCAGUUGCUUUGAUGACCUGGUUGCUGUGGGCACUGUAUCUGGAAGAGUGGCAGUUUUCCAACUAGUUUCUCCUUUGCCUGGAAGAAACAAGCAGUUAAGAAGAUUUGAUGUUCUUGGUGUUCAUAAGAGCAACAUCAAUGCCCUGGCCUGGAGCCCUAACGGCAUGAAGCUAUUUUCUGGUGAUGACAGAGGAAAGAUUAUUCAGUCUGAUCUAGACUUUGACAAGGGUUCGUGUAAUCCCAGCCUUAUCCUGGAGGAGCCGUCUUCUGUAGUACAGUUGGACUACAGCCAGAAAGUGCUGCUUGUGUCUACCAGUCAAAGAUGUCUGUUGUUUUACACUGAGGAAAAGGCUGUCAAGCAAGUUGGAACUCAGCCUAGAAAAUCCAAUGGAAAAUAUGGAGCUUGUUUUACUCCUGGACUCUGCAAGCAAAGUGACCUGAAGCUUUUUGCAUCAAGACCUGGCCUGCGCCUCUGGAAAUCUGAUGUACAUGGAUAUGUACAGUCUACCUUCAUUUUAAAGGAUAUGUUGUCCAAAGGACUAGAACCAUUUGAGCUAUAUCCCCGUUUGGAAAAUUCAAACCAAGACCGUUUUGUGUUGUCUGAAAAGCAUUUUGGUCUGAUGUAUUGUUUCCUGUAUGAAGGCUGGGUUCUGAGCUGGGAUGAAUACAGUAUCUAUAUUAUUGACACUGUCAAUCAGGCUGUAAUUGGUGGUCUGGAGAGUUCAGGGGACAUUGUGUCUGUGUCUUGUACAAACAACGAAAUCUUUUUUCUAAAAGGAGACCGAGAAAUAAUAAGAAUCUCCAACAUGCCAGAAGGGGCUCUGUCUGCAAGCUUGCAUAGCCCCUUCAGAGCACAUACUCCAGUAUUUAUAGAGGAUGGGAAACACCACAUUGGAACAUUGUCAGAAAUUAAAGAAAACGAUCAAAUAGAUGUUCAGUCAAUAAAGACCGAGAAAAUCCAGCUCUGCGCCAUAGAAGAUGAAGAAAGCCUGGUGGAUCAGGCAACUGAUUUGAAAUCUAGGACUUGCUCUCUUUCUACGGAUCAGGUUAAAAGCAGAAGUAGUUCAAUUAAUUCAAUAGACAGCGGAUUCAGUCUGACUGCAACUGCAGAACCAGUGUCCCCAAGUAAUGGACAGCGUCCUGCAUCUCAAAGGUUCAGCAUUAUCAGCAAUGAGGAGUUUGAGCAAGAGCUUGUUGUGAAGUCUAUGAAGGUUAAAAAGAAGAAAAAGAAGAGACAUGGUAAUCAUUUCUUUUUGUGUGGGACUGAACACAUUUAUAAUUCUGUUAACUAUAAAUAUUUUCUGAGUCAUACUUUCUAUUCUAGGAGCCUUAGAUGGCAAUGUGCAUACUAGGAAUAUAAAAGUU